AGGCGCCCGCCGCGCGCUGUCUCCGUGUGCGCGCUUGUGGCGCACGCUACUCCGCCGCAAUAAAGUUUCAACUCGCCUCGGGUCACGUGACAGCAGAGAGGCUUGCCCAUUGGCUCCACCAGGCGAGGGGGCUUUGCCCCCCCCCCGCCCCGUUGUCAAUAAAGUUGCAGCGGGGAGAGGUCCACGGGGUUCGGGGGUUGCCCGCCACGUGACCACGACCAGCCAAUGGCGGCAACGCGCAGGCGGUUUCUCCGCCCCGCCCGACGCGGUCAGCCAAUAGGCAGGCGGCGAUCGUGACGAUUAUCCCACGUGACGCGGCGAUCCGACCAAUGGUCGAUAAAGUUACUCGCGGUACGAGCUCGUGACUGAUUGGUCCCGCGCGACUCGGCGCUCAACCAAUCAGCGCGCAGCCUCUGGGAAAGGCGGCGCGUUUGAUAAAGUUGCCUGCUCUGGCGAAGGGCCAUUGCCCGAAACGUCGCCAAUUAUGUUUUCGUUUUUACAUUUCGUGGCACAGUGUUGCCGACCAGCGUGUUGACAUUCUUUUAUUGCCGCCUGUGCACCACGGCCACGCCAGGAUCACGACACUUGAGCGGGUUGCGGGUUGCCCCUCGGCGAUGAGGACGCGGGGUCUGCUCCACUCCGCCACCACCACCACCGGGCCCCCCUCCUCGUAGCCCCCCUCCUCGUAGCCCCCCUCCUCGUAGCCCCCCUCCUCGUAGCCCCCCUCCUCGUAGCCCCCCUCCUCGUAGCCCCCCCCCCUCGUAGCCCCCCUCCUCGUAGCCCCCCCAGGUACCUCCUCCUCCUCCCGCUGCCCUCCCCAGGGCCGGCAGGGCGCAGCAUGCGGACCCGACGGCAGCCACCGACAGCCGGCGAGGAGACCUGCAGAGGCACGCGAGCACGGGACGACGGAGAGGAGGAGGCGGAGGCGGCGGCGGCGGCGGGAGGAGGAGGAGGGGGGGAGGUGGACGGGGCGCAGACCCCGCAGAGGCGCCAGCAGGGCGCCAGGCUGAGUCGGCAGCGGCUCGGGAGGAUGGCGAGGGCGAACAUAAUGAGCUGCGACGCACACGGCAGCGCCGUUCUCGAGUCCGGGCUGGCCGCUCACACCUCUGCGUGCGGCGAGUCUGAACACGACAUCUCCUGGAACCCUCUCUCGCCCUCGCAGGGACCCACAGCCGAGCGGCGGGGAGCCUGGCUAACGAAAACAAACGUGGCUGACAUCAUCAAGAAGCUCAAGCCUGUGGAAGAGCCCAUGCCCAACAGUAUGGGUUCCUUGGUGACCUUUUGGAUGGACGGGGAAGGCAUUUCUCCAUCAUCUAGUUCCUUCUCACCAGAGCCCAUCAACCAUGAACACAGCACCCAGGGCAGGAAUAAAAGACGGAGGGUCGAGUGUCGGGAGCUGCGCCCUGAGGAGCUGGUGAGCAUGGCAAAGGACAUAGAUCGUGCGUCCCGGGACGGCAACAACGCCCCGUCGACCGUGUGCUCGGAGCGCGUCCGGUCCCCGCCUCAGCAUGGCAAUGCCACCACCUGCGCAAGAGUGACGACCGCAUUUGGAGCAGACCUGCCGCCGCAGGGCUCUCUCCACUCGGCGACGUGUCUAACUCACGCAGAGAUCCUGAGGGAACGCGCGGGCGUUGCCAGACGCUCGGAAAACGGCCGCGAAGAUCACAGCACUCCCACGCGAAUCCUCGGCACUCCCGUAUCCAGCUCCUUGGUGAUCGUCUCGCUGCCUCACGAGCUGGAACCGUCGCCGGAGCCCGCGUCCGAACACGCGUCCGCCAACAGCGGCGACUGCCCCCGGCCAUCACAGCUCACUUUCUGUCCACCAUUGCAGAGCACGCCCAAAGCCAAUGGCUCAGGGUGGCAGUACGAGGCAGACUUGCACGCCCUGUUCGACGAGGACACGAUGCACCCGUCGCAUCCCCUCUGUGGAGGGGGUGCGGUGGGCACAGGUUCCCAAGAUAAGCUCGCGACGGCGUCCGCUGCUCCGAGCCUGGCCAAGAAAACGGCAUGUCACAGUGUUCAAGGUCUGCGCUGCACAUCUGAGGCGGCGCAGGUAUUAUUGGCUGGGGACCUGUCUUCUUGCGUCAUCGACGCUCCGCCUGCUAUGGCGAGGGCAAGACCUUUGUGCUAUGAAACCAGCGGUGCUACUGACUGCGCACAGCGGAAUAAGAAAGUUGGGAGUGCCAGGCCCACAAACGCGAAAACAGGAGACACAGUGUUGGCGUUUGCCGAGGGCGCAGCACGGGAUGGUGUCACGGCGGCCCGUGUGAUUCCAGGGUCGAAUCUACCCAUGGAGAACGUGUUUGAUGACUGGGAGGAUGAUGACUGGGUGCACGACAGUUCCUUCAUCGCUGUUUCCUCUCAAUUGUCUGACCUCGUGACGAACUCCGAACGUGUGGAUGCCACUGCCACAAGAACCUUAGUCGUGGAUGAAAUGCAGGACAACCAGGGGGCAACAAAAGGGCCUGCUCGAUUGAAACCUGAUUCUGUUGAAGCUACAUCUAGCUUAAUGAAUGCCCCUAUUAAGCAGAGUGCAAUGCCAUCUGCUCAUUCCACAUAUUUUCCGAACGGUUUUAAUAAGGUCUCCCUAGAAAAACAGAAUUUACUUCCCAGCAUCCCACUUCAGAGCGCGUCCUCAAGCAUUGCGACAGGCAUAGAGCGAGGGAGUGCAGACCAGUCUGGUAAAGGUCCGUGUGCCAGUGGAUUUCGGCCAAACAAACCAAUGCAGGCCGCAGUAAAAAGUUUGCAUGCAGUGGUUGGUCAGAGGGAUGCAGCAAUGAAAAUAUCUACUAAGCUCGAGUGCGCAGACUCUCUGGGCCCUGCUGUGGUUCAGAUUAACCGUGAGUUUUUCAAGGCAACAAGCUCACGCCAAGAGAAGCGCGGAAUUGCUUGCCGAGUUGUUGGCCCGAAUCAGACCCUUGAAGCUAACCAGAGUGUUAACUCUAUGCCUAAUUAUACAUUUUCCACCAAACCUCAACCUAGUUUCAACUGUAAUGUUAACCCUACCCAUAAUUUUUAUCCUGCACACAGUUCCAAAUUGAACCUUAAUGUCCACCUUAACCUCAAUGCUACCUCCAAUUCCAACUCCAAUCUUAACCCAAUCUCCCAUCCCAACCCAGUUAAACCCAAUGCUGCAAGUACUGUCAUCAGUGAGGAUGAAUGGGAUGACCUCGGUAAUGUGGACGAGCUCCUGAGCAGGAUCCGGGAGCCCGUUGACGGCAUCUGGGAUAAGCAAUCAGACAUUGACCCCGUGAACGAGUGCACACUUUCGGAAAGUUUGACUGCAGACUGCCCGCCUGGCAGGGCGGAUGCGAAGCCGAGUGGCUCUGGUGCCUCCUGCGGUGUUGCAGCAACAGCUGGGGCGGUCUGCUUUGAGGUAUCGUCAGGCACAUGUCCCACGAAGCAGCACAGCUUCAAGUUCGUCCGAACGAACAACAACUCGGCUGUUGAGAGGGUGAGUGACAACUCCAGCAGCCUUUCGCUAUUGGCCCAGGGUGGCAUGGGAACACGGAGCGCCGUGGGUGAAUCCGGCUCUGCACUGACCAUUCCACACACGGUGCAUCUGAACACCGUCUUGCCCAGCCACAUCCAGUCCAUAAAUAUGCCGCUGCAGGCUCGGGCGGCAGGAGGGAGCGAAAAGGCGAGCGUGCUCGUGCCGUUAUCGAGCGUCCUGCCAGCUGGCGCCCAGACAUUUGUGUCGAAACCGAGGGCUUCAGUGGUGCCGCCCGCUCGCAGACUCACCGUGCCCGAGGCAGCAGCUGCGUGUCCAGGGCCACCGAGGAUCGGCGAAUUCCAGGGGAGGAGCGGUGGGGCCACUAGCGUGCCCCCAGCUGCUCCGGGUGGCCCCCUGAACCGCAGCCGCUCAGCAUUUGACAUCCUGUCAACGAAUUCGAAGCCUGUCUUGCGGAGACACUACACGGACACGACAGUGACCUUCACAGGAGGCCCAAAGCGAUGCGGCCCUGAAGAGAUUGAGCGCAAGAGGCAAGAGGCGCUGGAUCGGCGUAGGCAGAACGCUAGCCAACAGUGUGCCACCCAGCGCACAACAAGGCCACCCAUUAAGCUGCAUGACUCUCAGACAAACACGAAAACCUGAAAGCUGUGAAUGUGACCAGUUUAGCACUGAUGAUGUUUCAUCCGGCUGAAUAGAGCAGCACUUGUCUGCUCUUGCACUUGUGUUUUUCUGCUCCACGCACAGCGGCCAUUUGUUUCCUCUGCCCUCUUGCUCUCCUCCUCUCCUCCCUGCAGUCUGCUGCGCAUUUGUGUACUUUAAUACAUUGAAUGUACAAGCUUUCCUUCAUCUGAGCCAGCAGUCCUUUGGCUGCUGGUUCCUCUGAACUAAACCAAUGAGUGCUGAUGCACGCUGGAAGGGGGUGAGACAUCAUAGUGGACCCCUUUUUUAGUGCAUUGCCAAAGGCACCGCUAAAGUGGUCCCUGGAAAUAUCAGUCGUCCUACUCAGGUUGAUGUUCAAAAAAUGCUUGGUUAACCCCAUGAAAAUGCAACAUGUUCCUAAGAAUCUCUUAAUAUCCUUAUUUACAUUUCUUGUGCCUUGAUAAAUGAAUUUACAGAAUAGUUAAAUUGUACGCGGUCACAUUAAGGGACGAUGCCGAAACUGUUAUACCAUGCUUUCGAUAGGUCGAAGAAAAUUCAACUCGUUCCGAAAAAUCUUUUAAGAAUAACUGUGUUGACAGAUCCUAUGCCUUGAUAUGUGAAUAUACAGGCAGUUGAAGUGUUACCUUUUCACCUAUAAGGAAAAUGCUACACAUGCAACGGGAUGCUCUUAAUUACACUUUCAAAAACAUCGAUCCACAACACCGUGGCAACCGAAUGCAUAAUGGAAAUGUAUCUUGUCAGGCCCUGGUCCGAGGCACCAGGAUGGUGUGCUGCCAUAUGGAGCACCCAUUCCAUGGUGUACCACGCGUCGUUGCUGAGCCGUGCCUUUUUGGCGCUUCCUGUCGCAUGGUGGUUGUGUGACUCCAGUGUGGCUGACAUUAGGAAAUGGGGGAAUGACCAUGCUGUUACUUUCAUUUUACAGUUCGUGCCAUUUUUUUAUGAAGAGAAUUUCUAAAUUGUGUUGGAUCGCUUGUAAUCAACUGCCUAUGUGUGUGUGAAAGAAUAGCUCAGCUGCUUAAAUGUGAAUUCUCUAAUUGGUUGCAGAGCCACAUUCUUGGCAACAGUGGCGUUCUGGUACUUUUCUUGAUUCUGGUUCAACAUUUAAGGUCAUGACAGACAGCUGCAUUUGUGGCCAAGAUAAUUUUGAAUGAUAUAGUUUUCCUAUUUGGUAUCUUGGCAAAAUUCCUCCCUUCACUUGGAGCUCAGCCACCAUUGGCCAGGCUUGAGAAUAGCAAUAGACUUUUACACAUUAGGCUGCACGUCUAAUUUACGCCAAAAUAUUGGUUAAGCGGCAGUGCAGUGUUGUGCGUUUUAGCCUGUUUUGGCUUCAUGAGCGAUACAGACUGGGCCCCACUGGCUUUUAUGCGUAUAUAUUACAAUACUAAAUUAUUUGCUUUUGUGCUCCGUUGCAGUCACACCUUUGCCAUAUUCUCCAGGAUUCUAUGAAUGACUUAGAGCCUUGCUGCAUAUGAAAUUUUUGCUAAAGCAUGAGCAUGGCUAACAUUUCCCCCCUGAGAAUUAUUUGAAACGUUAAUAACAUUUCACUCAAAUCAGGACUGACAGCUAACUGCAGCUAGUAUUUUUUUCAUAUUUCUGUUCUGAAUAAUGGAGGUUCAAAACAAAUCUUUUAAAGUAAAUAUGUACUUUCUUUUUACACUAGCUUGUUUAUUCAGAACGUGAUGUAAACAUAGCCAUGCAUUGCAUAAUAAAGAAAAGUGGAUCCGG